AAUAUUGUGAUUGAUCAUGAUUGUUAUUUGAAUUAUAUACAUAGACCAAGCUUAUGGGUGCUCCUUGCGUGCUCUGUGAUUAUAAUCAUUUAUAUGAAAGGAGGUGCUGAAGCCUGAGGAGACAAUAUUUAAGCGAGAGCGAGGGGAAGCCGGGAGCGACCAGGAGUUGUAUUAAAUAAAGUGGGACUCAUAAUACUCUCUGAUCAGGAUCAGAUGGUCAGGAGGAUUUGCAGGCAUACGCGGCGUUGGGAUAAUCGCUGAUUGGGAUUGUGGGCAAGUGGUUAUCAGUGGUUAUAUGCCGGGGCAUGCGUUGACAAGCGCAAGGAAGGCGCAUUGUGAGAAUUUAUGAUUUAGUGGCACACAACUUGAGGCAGUUCUUAACUGUCAUAUCACAAACAUAUCUAAAUAGCCUUUCUCUUAAAGGCCUUACCUGUAUGUUUAAAGUGGCCACAUUUCUAAAUUGUUGCAAAUUGGAAUAAUAUACUAUUGCAGUAUAAUAGCAAUCCAAAUGAAGUGUUUAAAUGCAAAAAUUAUGUGAUGAGAAUGGUUUAAUAAAUAUUUGGCUCCAAUUUCCAUAAUCUUUUGACAUGAAUUAAGGUAACCUUGUGCUGACACAAUGUGCAUCCAUAUACGUUUAUGAUCUCUCAUUGUGUUACUUCUGUGGAUAUCUGCAUUGGUAAUAUUUGUCUACAAAUAUGGAUGUUUGUACUAAACAAGGAAAUUUGGAACUUCAUCAGCACUUACUAAGGACUGCAGUUACGUGCCUUGGGAUAAUAGAUAAUCAUGUUAUAUCAGGAAUGGGCGGUUUUAUCAGAAUUUUCAAUAUUUUGUCAUCAAGAUUGGUGGCUCAGAUGUGUGUCUUUAGUGACUGUAAACUUCAUGGUAUUUCCAAAGGAUCUGUAAAUUAUUUUGUUGUUUUUGGAGGAAGAAAAAUUGCCAUUAUCUAUUAUAGUCUUGAAAGUUUGAAAAUUGAAACUUUGUGGCAUGUAGAUGAUUGGAUUCUAUGUGCUCGUUGGCUUGAAGAUGAAAACAUUGCUAUUGGAACUGCUCAUAAUACUGUGGUUUUAUGGAACUGGAGAGCUCAAGAGAAAGUGAAGUCUAUAAUUUGUGAAGAAAGGUGUAUUCUUUACAGCUGUACAUUUGUGGGAUCUAGCUGGGACCAAUUGGUUGUAUUCGCUGGAACUGUAUUUCAAGAGGUGAUCAUCUGGUCUCCAUCUGAUAAUGAAACAUCAGGUUUAGAUUGUCCUGUUUUGCAUCGAUUGCAAGGACACAAGGGAGUGAUUUUCUCAAGUCAUUAUAAUCCUGCAACAGGACGGAUACAUACUACAUCAGAUGAUCGUUCUGUGAAAGGUUGGCAAGUUAGACCUGCUCAUCCUCGAAAAUGGCAACUUGCUGAAAUUAAUUUAGUGAAUACCAUGUAUGGACAUACAGCUCGAGUGUGGAAGAGUGUAGGCCUUGGAAAGUGUACCAUAAGCAUAGGGGAGGUAACAGGAGGUUCUGAUGGAAGUAUUAGUGUGCUUUCUCUGGACCAUUGUUUGAAAGAUGUGAAUCCAGUUCUUCCUAUUUCCAUCAAUGCAAACUUAAUUGAACAAACAUCUCAGCAAAAUUACCCCAGGAGAGUGGUUCUCUUACGGAAUGGUCAUAUGAUCAUAGUUCUUCAAUCUGGACAUAUCAUUCAGUGUUCUGAGAUACAAGGCAAUAUUUCACUCAAUUCUAACAAGGACGCUUUGGAAAAUGUAGCAUUAUGUCUAGGUGGAGAUCAUAGUUAUUCAUCUGACACUUCUAUGUGGACUGUUCUAUAUUUCAGUCCAAAAUUUGCAAAUUACUGUCUCUUAGAAAUAUCUGCAUGCAAGCAGCGAUUUGCUGUAGCUUCAUUGGAUGGGCACAUAUUAAUCUUUGAAGAAUCUACAAGCAGCAAAAUAUCCAGAAAAAUUGAGAAGAUAGUAGAUUUUUCUGCUGCUGAGGGUAAAAUAUUUUCUCUGCAGUGGCUUUCACCCAAUAGUAUUCUUACUUGUGAAGUUUUGGGCAAACUUUGCUUGUGGUCUUUGCAAGCACUUGAAGAUGGAUCUUAUAGUCUCAAGAAGAUAAAAACAUUCAUUCUUCCCUACAGCAAGGAGAGAUGGGUCACAUCUGCUUUGCUCGUUGAUAAUUAUUAUCUUAUUUGCGGUGAUCGUGUUGGGAGUAUACAUUUAUACUCAGUUCAAGGGGAAAUUAAUGAUAAUGAAAAACCUAAUCAGACAUUAAGUAAAGUACAUGGGAGAUUUGGUGUAAGCUUUCUUAUGGUGCAUCAGAAUUAUAUUUUCUCUUGUGGACGUGAUGGUACUUUACGACAGUAUCAAUAUGUGGACCUACCAAAAACUCUGAAACAAUUGUGUGUCACUCGAAUGCCCUUUGAUUGGGUUUCAUCAUGUUGUGUAAAUGAAAACGAUAUUCUAGUGUUAGGAUUUUGUGAGAAAAAUUUUGUUGUAUGGACACAAGAGCAGCAGCGGUUACUGUGCGAGCUGCCAUGUGGUGGAGGUCAUCGAUCUUGGGAUUACAUUGUGGAAGGGAAUUGUUUAAACUUUGUGUACAUUAAACAAAAGUGCCUUUUUGUUGCAUCUUGUGACUUGAAGUUGUCUUCAGUACUGCAGACAGGUUUUCAUCCAAAAGAAGUGAAUUGUUUACAAAUCCUCCACAAGAAUGUGAAGUUUCCUGUUCUUAUAUCAGGUGGAGAAGAUACUACUAUUCGUGUGGCAUUAGCAUGUUCACGAAACUAUUUGCAUACACUUUUUGUGUUACAUAGCCACUUAUCAAGUAUCAGAGCUAUAACUUGUUAUGAACUUCAUGAAAACAAAUUGCUAAUGUUUUCUGCUGGAGGGAGAGCUCAAAUUAAGGCUUGGGAAUUAACUUUAGAAUCAGAGUGUGGUACAUCUGAGAUGCUUCCUAAAAUUUUAUGUCAAGAAUUAAGUUCCCACAUGCUAAUGAACUCUGACAACAAACAACAUAAAUCUUGGAAACAUUCGCAGCCAACUGUGGACCCUGAAACUCGAUACAUGAGCCUUUGCCCUAUUUUAUAUAAUGGAAAUAUAUAUGUUGCUGCAGGUUGCUCUGAUGGUUACUUCAGAGUUCUUCUGUAUUGCAGUGUUCAGCAGUGCUUUCAGCUUGUAGGAUCUUUUAAAUUCCAUCAGCGAUGCAUUUUAAAUGUGGCAUGUGUUUCUGCACUGAAUGCUAUUACAAUGGCCACAGAUGGUAUUGCAGCAUUUUGGGAUUUGUCAGUGCUGGUAGAAAGACAUUCACCUGGGAAUUUCAAAGUGGAUACUGAAAUUAGUUCUGAAGAUUGUGACCUUAAGCCCUUGUCAGAUUUUAAACUGCAUCAAUCCGGAAUCAAUAGCUUUGAUCUUUUCUCUAUGGAAAUAGAUCAUAUUCUAUUAGCUACAGGAGGUGAUGAUACUGCUUUAGUGAUCACAGCAUUCAGAAUGAAUAAUAAACGAAAGGGCAUCGUCCAAAUACUGCAGUGGCGAAUGGAAUCUGCUCAUGUUGCGCAGAUUACAGGAUUGGCUUUUGUGGAUCAGUAUCUAAUAAGCACUUCAGUGGAUCAGAAAGUAUUUGUUUGGAAAUGGUUUUGCAGUGUAAAUAGACGAUUGCUCUUAGUCACAAAAGUGGCUGCAUAUUGCACUACAAUUGCUGAUAUUCAUGGACUGAAAGUAUGGCCCACAGGGAAUUCAUUUUCUGUAUGUGUAUAUGGUAAAGGUAUUGAAAUAAUUCAUGAAAAUUCUGUUCAUGAAGAUGUGAAAUAAAAUAUUACCAUACAUUAUACACCUUUGAAGAACUGUGAUAGUGUGACUAAAGUAUAGAUAAUAUGACGUAUGUAUGUAUGUAACUAAAUAAAUAAAUUCACGUUACCAUUUUUGUAUGAAAAAUAUUUUAAUGAUAAUUACUGGACAUGUCUGUAUUUUUUUAAAAUUUGAAUGAUUCUGUACACCUCUUUCAAUGUAUUAAUUAUUGAAAUAAAACAAUAUUUUACAAAUUCAAACACUGGAACUAUCACUUUAAAACUAACUUUGUUUGAAUCUGCAUUGCAAAAUUAAUGUUUAUGAGAUGUGCUAUGCUUAAAAAACCUCUUAACCAAAAUGCAUUAAUUUCUGAAGCUUGCAUUUAAAACUAAUAUAGAACAUUAUCAUUGGCAUUGGAUGUCAAGGUCUUUCUUUAUCCUCUCCUUAUAUCAAUGUAUUUUUACUUGUGUCAAAGGUCACAGCAUUAACUGUUAGUAGAAAUAAAAGUUAAAAAUCAGGCAGAGCUCUUUAUUUUUCUUUUGAAAUUCAUUCAAAACGAAAAAAAUGCACAGUUUUUGAUGAUUUUAUAAUUGGGAUAUUGUGUACUUAUUUUAUAUUUUCAAAGACCCAAUAAUGCUAGAGAUAAAGUGAAGUUUCUUUUUGGGUGAAAGUCCAUGCACUUCUCUGUAUAUAUAAAAGAUAAAUCACACCUUAAAAUUAUCUUUCUGAGAGAAUUUACUUGUUAACAUGAAGUUCUUGGCUUUCAUUCUGCUGACUGUGAUUUUUGCAGCAAUAACAGUCUGCUCCUACAGCGAAGAAAGUUCUGAGAAGAUUGUUGAACCUUCACCUGUGAUAUCAAAUGAUAAUGCAAGUGAUAUCCCUACCACACCAGUAUCUUCAACAAAGUCUGGUUCUGAUGAUGACAGUAAUUCUAGUGAAGAAAUUGAUCAUAUGAUUGAUAAUAUUGUUUCUAAACUGGAUGUUUUGUCAGUGGAUGUAAAUGAUGAUGCUUUGCAGAAAUGUAUAUCAAAUAAUAAUACCGUAGCUUUGACGAAAGCAAGGCGGGCAGAUGAAGAAAUGGAAAAAUGUUUGGAACCUGCAUUCGAUACUCUGGAAAUUGAGAUUGAUGACUUUGAAUCAUUUGAUGUAGAGAUAGUUAAAAAUAUCAGUCAACAUUUUUGCAAAGUUUAUCCACCUUUAGAAGAAAACUGUACAGCUGCCUACUACAGUAAUAUUGAACCAUGUUUAAGUGAUGGAGACAUGAAAGGAAUGAAAAUAUUUGAUAAGAUGGUGACUGCAGGAUUAGAAUAUAUGUGCCAGAUCGAACCAGAUUUUCUCAUAGAGGCUGCUCGAAAUGAAUUUGGCUGCAACCUAAUAGAGCACAUAGCAAGCUUUGUAUUCUGUGUUGUUCCUCCUUUCCAAGAAAUAGUACGCAAUAAUCAUACUGCUAUGGCUAUUCCACGCCUGUUAACUGGUAAAGGAUGUCGUCUGUACAAGGAAAUGUCUCAUUGUAUCCAUGAAGAACUGAAGACAUGUAAAAAUACAACAUAUUCUGGAAUCAUAGUGGGAUUUUUUAAUGUCACGGCCAAUGCACUUCCUGAAUGUCCUUCUGAAAGAACUGAAUGGGAGCAAUAUAUGGGUCAAGUUGUGGGACAGUUGUAUAAUGAAGAACAUGCACAAACUGAAUUAUUAAAAUCAAUGAAGACUCAAAUAGAUCAACUCAUUGUUGCAAAUGCUCUACAGUCAAAAUUUUUACAAGAAGACAAAGAAAACAAUCGAAAUGUAGAUAAAGCUCUUCAUUCUAUCUUGGGGUUAUUAAAUGCCAUAAAGAAAGAAAGGUGAUUUUCUUCAUCAAUUAUUAAAGUGACAUUAAAGAAUUUUCUAUUUGGUAACUAAAAUGUAUGUUCUGUAAUAAUCCUAGGUAAGAUUACGGAUUUCUGCAUUUCAUGAAGGAAAAAUGUAUGAAUUAUCAAUUUGCAAUAUUUUAUUAUAUGAAUAAUUUACUUAAAUCCAACUUUCUUGAAAUUACGGUACAAUGCUAUGUAAUUUCUUCUGAACAUAAAAAUUAUAUUUUAGUUUCUAGCAACAAAUUAGUUGUAUGUCAUUUUUGACAAUAUUUACUAUCUUAGUUUGUGAACUAACAACUUCUCCAUUACUACAGUUUUUAAGUGAAAUCUGUUAGUAUAUGCUUUCUGAUGCAUUUCUGUGAUAAGCAAUAAAACAUGCCUCCUUUGUGACCUCUUGAAAGUUAUCACUAAUUUUGAACCAGAAAAAUGUGAAACUGUUCACACGCAACAGUGGAAAUGAACGCAGAAAGUGUUUUGUUUUUAAACUCGUGAUUGUAUUUAAUAUUAUUUAAUAAUAAAUGUAAUUGUGGACUCAAGAAAUAAAAGUUGAAGGAUGAAAAGUAUUCUUGAUGACAUGUUCCUAAAAUUUUAAAAAUUCAAUCACAGCUCUAUCAAUGAUACAAAAAUAUGUUUAUCAAAAUUGUAAUAACAGCUUUCCAUUCUGAUCUCCCUAUCUUAUUUCUUUCUUCAGUUUGUCUAUUUCAAUAGUGAUAAUUAAAGUACUAAAUGUUGUUUUUUGUGUAUUUCUGAAUUUUAAAAUUUUGUGAUUUCUUAAUAUAUAAAUAUUAUUUUUAAAUUAAGUUUGAUAACCUCAGGAAACCUUUGAAUAUUGUACUUUUAACCAACACAAAUUAAGUGAUGAUCCUUUAGAGCAGCAAAUUACUUUUCUCUGCACUGAGUGUAAACUAGUACUGUACUAUUUCCAGACUCAUCUGAAACUGCAUUUUUAUGACUAACAUUUAAAUCAUCAAAAUGUAGCCAUGUCUCUUCUAUUUCAUCAAACACAUCUGCUACGUAGUGACCUAAAACAUAAAAAUUAUUGAUUAAAAUUAAUGGAAAAAAUAGACAUUGGCUGAAAUAAAAAGAUAUUGCUUGCAACUUAACAAAUAUCUUCAGUUGUACAAAGAUAUUUUAAUUAUUUUAUCUGAAAUUUUUUUUGCAAUGAACUGAAUGUCAUAUUAGUUCGUGAAAGAAAAUAACUCUUAUUGGUGUAUUUUAUCUCUAAAGUGUACUUUUCACACUUCUGAUAUGUUAGCCUGGUGAAACUGAAGGUCUCAAUUCAUAUUUUCAUUUCAGCUGCUCAAAAACUUGCUUGAUUCAAUUUAAAAUAUAAUUGAAUUAAUUAACUGAAACUCAAUUUAGUUCAUAAAUAUUUACAGAAAUUGUUACAGAACACAAAUAUACAGUGUUCUAUUCUUCAUGUAGUAUCCUAAGAAUAAUGAGAUGUAAUUUACAUGUUACAUGACAAAAUUGCAUUAGAGAAAAUGACAUUUUGAAAGUCUGACACUUUGACAGUAAAUAAAUCAAAGAACAACUGCCAUCAAAUUCUUUAACAACAUACAAAGAAGGCCAAAUUAUUAGACUAAAUAUUUUUUCCUUGACUUAACAGAUUAUAAUUUGUC